AUGAAGAUAGAAGCUUACACCACAGUACUGGAUAGGAACCCAAUCAUUCUAGGUCUCUCUUGGUUCAAACGUUUCAACUUAGUAAUUGAUUGGAUCAUGGGGAAAAUGUGCUUUUGCUGGGAUCAACUUCUACAAGCAAUCAAGACCCUUGCUAGUAACAUCCCAGAAUACCUAAACACCUUCCUCUCUGUAUUCAACAACAGCACAGCAGAACGAUUACUGGAACAGAAACCCUGGGAUCAUGCAAUCAAUUUGGAAGCAAACUUCAAAUCCCAGCAAGGAAAGGUUUACCCAUUAUCACCGGCAAAGCUCAAAGAGUUAGACACCUUUAUCGAGGAAAACUUAUGGAAAGGAUAUAUUUGUCCAUCAAAGUCUCCUAUGGCAUCCCCAUUCUUCUUUGUCAACAAGAAAUCAGGAGAUCUGCGACCAUGUCAGGACUACAGGAAACUCAAUGACGCUACCAUCAAGAACGCCUACCCAAUCCCAAGAGUAGAAGAUCUAUUGGAUGGUGUUGCCUCUGCCAAGCCAACUAUCUUUACCAAGCUUGAUUUAUGCGCAGGAUACAACAAUGUACGGAUCAAAGAAGGCAAUGAAUAG